AUGAUGGCUUUGCUCUUGGCUUUCAUUUCUUUUGCGUUCUCGACAAACUACAAAUGUACUGAUGCCUCGAGUUUUAAUCCACCCAAUUUCCAGAACUUAGUCACAUUCUCUGAAAGUAUAACGGACUCUCAAGUGGUCAUAGGGACUGGUGCGCCCACAACAGUCAAAGGAUUCUAUUACAAAUUCACUGCUACCGACGAGUUGGACAGUGUCAUUUUUAACUCGAAUUCAUGCGACAAAUUAACUCAAGUCACUCAUGAGAUUUACGUGUUUGGGUCAUGUUCGACAACCGGAGUUGCUGAAAAUUACAUUGCACGCUCAGGCAUUGAAGAGACAUGUGACUAUAAUGUCACUGAUAUCCCAACAGUCAACUUUAAGGUCGAGACGGGGAAGACGUAUUAUAUCCUUCUUAAACGAUUGGUUGACGGAGAUGCUCAGUUCCAUGUAUCAAAGUCAACUUUGGACACUUCUAAUACCGAUUGUGACAAAGCAAAACCUAUUACCUCUCUUCCUUACAUCGAAGAAAGUGUUUUAACAAAUCAAAACGAAAAGGUUAAACCCCAGUGUUUCAAAUCAGCGACAACUACUUAUUGGUACUCACUCAUUGGAGACGGAAAGGAUAUUGUUGUUUACACGUGUGGUGUGUAUACCAAUUUUGAUACAAAAAUCGUUUUGAUUGAUACCCCGUCAAAUGGAGGAAUUUGCACUGACGCCGAAUGCCUUAAAAUGGCCGACGACGGAUGUAGUAAAACUUCAACCUCUUCCAUUAUGGCAUUCACUUCGGAAUUGGGAAAGACGUAUUACAUCGGUGUCUACGGCAAUUUAGCAAAAGAGGGACAAUUCAAAUUGCAAGUCGAGCAUUUGGAAGACGAAAUUCCCGCAACAUGUGGUAGAGCAAUACCAAUUAAAACACUUCCAUUCACACGACAAGUCACAGUGACAAAUGUUUGGCCACCAGUGGAAGGUUCUUGUUAUGGAACUAGUGAACCUGUGAAAGGCAUAUACUUUACAUUCACUGGUGAGAACAAAGACUACGUCUUUUCCACUUGCAAGUCAAUCACCGAAGACUUGGAAACUAUUGGAGUUUCUAUUGAAGCAAUCAAAGACUGCACUUCUAUGGAGUGUGCUAUUCAAGACGGAGAAUAUGGGGAGUGCGGCGAUAACAACUUCUUAGUCAAACACAUCAACAAAGGGGAGACGUUCACUUUCUUUGCUUACUGCAACGACGGCGAGUGUAAAAUGAACAUCGACGUGUAUGAAAAGACAGCGGACCACUCUGUCUGUGAACACGCCAUGGAACUGGUUAACACCGAGUACUUCGGAGAGAAAAUUUCGAUUGCCAAUCAACAACUCUCUGUCCAUGGAUGCAACUCAGAGGCGAAACAAGACCGAGGGACUUGGUACUCACUUACUAAAAAUGUUAUUAACCAAGUCGAGCAUUUCACUAUAUUAGCCAUGGACAUGUUAAAUUCACGAGUUAAUUAUAUCGAGUUUCCGCGCAAAUGUGGAUUGAUUCAAUGCGACGGAGUUGCUCAGGGGAGUUUCACGGUGUCAUUGACAACAUCAAACCCUCGCUUGAUAUACAUCUACCCAUAUUCUUCAACAAGUAAGUUCAUGAACAUUCAAUUUAUUAAAGAGGACGUCCUCGCAAUCGACGAGUGUCCUUCAGCAAUGCCAAUCACCUUGCCGUUCACUGCUUUACACACCUUUAACUCAAAGAAGACAACCACAUUCUGUAGAGGACUUUCGUACGCGGCAAAUUAUUAUAGAUUCACAUCAGAAAAGGGGUUGGACGUCGACAUCUCGACUUGCUUCCCAAGAACUUUGGUGAACACGGGUCUUGAGAUGACUUCCGGAUGUGCUGGAGAGCCGACCACAAUGUGUGUGAAAGAAGUUGCAGAUAGUCCAGGCUGCACUUAUAAUGCCGCGCAAAUGCAAGCGCACACCAGUAUUGGAUCCGAUUAUGUUGUUACUGUGUACAAUGAGGGCAUUGACACUUCUUCGCUCCGACAAUACCGUCUUGCGGUAUUCACAACCGAAGUCCCAGAAAAUUCGAUAUGCACUCGAGCGACCCCAAUUAUAAUUGAUGAAGGGUUUGUGUCGUACACUGUACUGAAUAAGUACUCGCGCACUUCGGACUUUGGCGACUUUGGGACGACCAAAGGUAACUACUUCUCUGUGAUGUACAAGAAGGAUAUAACGAUCACCGUUAGAACGUGCUCAAGCUACACAACCAUGAAAACAAAUAUCGUGACAGCCACAAAAUGUAGUUUAUCAGGCACGGCCGAAGCGCCUAUUUCGAUGUUAGAUGACUUCACUAGCAUUGCCACAAGUUCGAUCAUUGGAUGUGAUAUCUAUGGUACGAUGUUGGACGUGAACGUCACCGCAAAUGAAAUGGUAUACAUCUUCAUAGGUCCCGAGAAUUUCGCUGAUGAAGGGUUUAUUGGUGUCGACUUCUUCAUUCCUGAGCCAGAACCCGAUCCAGAAACAUCGUCUGGAACUGAGCCAAGUCACAGUUCUGAGAGUUCUAUCGAUUCGAAAGACAACAAUAACGACAGUGAUACUCCAGUCGCAUGGAUUGUUGUUGGUGUUUUGACUUUCAUAUUGUUCUUGGUCAUCAUUGGAGGUGCGAUGGGUGCUGUUUUGUUCAUGUACUACAAGAAGAAGAGUGGCUACAGUAACUUGGCUUGA